UUUUCCAUUUUAUUUUAAUUACGCGCACGAGUCACAUGACGCUUGGAGGCAUUGAAUUCGCAUAAAUGCUCAACCCCCCAAGCAGCCCCCCAGUUCAACACACAACCACCACAGGCAGAAGCCAGCACAGCAGCAACAAUGAUCGACAUAAAUUCACUGCGUCCCGAUAAGGGCGGAAACAUCCAGGCUGUCAAGGACUCCCAGCGGAAGCGUGGCGGCGACAAGGCCGUCGCUCUCGUCGACGAGGUCAUUGAACUCGACCAGGACUGGAUCAAAGCCCGCUUCCAGGCCGACGAAGUAAACCGCAAAAUCAACUCCAUCGGCAAAGAACUGCAGGCCCUCGCUAAAGCCAAACAGCGCGACACGCCCGAAUGGACCGCUCUGCAGACCCGUAAAGCGGAAGCAGAGGCCGAGAAGAUCGAGGCCAACAAGAUCUCUGACGAGAAGGAGAAGAUUCUGAACCACAAACUGAACCUCAUUGGGAACAUUGUGCAUGACAGUGUGGUCGACUCGAAGGAUGAGCGGGAUAACUUGGUUGUGAAGAAGUGGUGGCCGGAGGGACGGACUGAGGCGGCGGAGAUGGAAAAGAGAAACAAGUUGGGUGGGAAGGACGCGAAGGGCGUGGUUGGGCUUUAUAGCCAUCAUGAGGUGCUGGAGAGGAUUGCGGGCUACGAUUCGCAGCGGGGAACCAAUGUGGCAGGCCACCGUGGUUACUUCCUAACAGGGCCCGGGGUCGAUCUCAACCUCGCCCUGAUCCACUACGGCCUCGACUUCCUCGAAAAGCGCGGCUACACCAAACUCUGGACGCCCUACUUCAUGAAAAAGUCCCUUAUGGCCAAAACUGCGCAACUCGAAGAAUUCGACGAAGCGCUGUACAAAGUCGGCGGCGAGGAAGCCUCCACGGACGCCGCGGAAGAGGACCGGGACGAAAAAUACCUCAUCGCCACCAGCGAGCAGCCCAUCAGCGCCUUCCACGCCGGCGAAUGGUUCACGGAACCGGAGAAGGAGUUGCCGAAGAAGUACGCGGGCCAGUCCACGUGUUUCAGGAAGGAGGCCGGCGCCCAUGGCCGUGAUACGUGGGGCAUCUUCCGCGUGCAUCAGUUUGAAAAGGUCGAGCAGUUUGUGCUUACUGAGCCGGAAAAGAGUUGGGACAUGCACGAGGAGAUGAUUGCGAUUGCUCAGGAGUUUUACCAGUCGCUCGGCCUCCCCUACCACGUCAUCUCCAUCGUAUCGGGCGCGCUCAACAACGCCGCCGCCAAAAAGUACGACCUGGAAGCCUGGUUCCCCUUCCAGAACGAAUACAAGGAGCUUGUCUCCUGCUCCAACUGCACCGACUACCAGACCCGUCUACUCGAGAUCCGCCUCGGCGCAAAGAAACUCAACGACCAGACAAAGAAAUACGUCCAUGCGUUGAACUGUACCCUCACAGCCACGGAACGCACCAUUUGCUGUCUGUUGGAGAAUUAUCAGACGGAGGACGGUGUGGUGGUCCCACAGGUGUUGAGGCAGUAUAUGGGCGGGAAGGAGUUUUUCCCCUUUGUGAGGGAGCUGCCGGGGGGAAAGAAGCAAGGCAAACCCGCAAAAUCGACCGCCGACGCGCUAGCGAAGGACGUCAAGAAACUGGCCGUCUAACCCACCGCUCCCCACCUCCACAUCUCACUUCACUUUAUAACCCAGCCCACCUACCUAGCUAGCUAGCGAACACCGUUUUCUUAGACCACAUUCUGUACAUUUUUAUAUUCCCGAUACAUAUAUAUUGUUCAUCGACUAAAAAUAUGU